AGCACAUAAAUCCACGUUAGCGUCAAUUCCCAAGUGCUUUAAACAUGGCUGUCGAUUUAGAAAUGUUGAAAGACAUCCCAGGAUAUAAGGCCAUUCUUAAAUCUGUUUUGAAGUCUCAAAUUCAGAUGCUGGUGGCCCGGCAGUGCCAGGUGAAUGCAGUGGUUUUGUCUUCGCUUUAAAUAUAGCGGGGAAUGGGUGUGCUGAAGAGAUAUAGUAACAGAUAUAGUUCUAGAACAGCUGUGCAGCAAUACAGGAGAAGAGUCAAUAAUCCUGACAGCUAGCGCUAAUGACGGCACUAUCUCCCAUCUUGGCACGGCCACAGGGAAGGGCUUCCUUGAUGGACGAGAAGAUAUGAAGUCCCAAUUCCUUGGUUACUGUAUCAAAAUUCACCAUCAACCAAAGAUAAUGGAGGCGAAAGUAUCAUAUCCAGAAUACAACGCCAGUCCAAAACACACUGUCCACAAUGCCACUUCGCCCAAAUGGCCUCGUUACAACCCCCUCUCUCGACCAACCAAUACAAAAUCUCAUCACAAUCAGAAAAAGCUACAUGAUACUAGUCCGAUAUUCCAGUCAGCAACUUUUACAGCAAACAACAAUGCACCCUUGACUUCAACUGAAUCUGAUCUUCCCUUUAAAUCCGAGCUUUCCCUAGAAAGUUCUGUUGGUAGUGAGCCGAAUGGUUUUGGUACUUCGAAUGCAACAGAUACAUCUAAUUUGUAUGCAACGAAUACAAACGAUUCGCAAAAUGCUAGCUUUGACAAUCUGGCUGUAAAGGUUGAACCAGAGGAAGAUAAUGACCUUGAGAUGUUCAGGAUUGAACUGAAUCCAAGCGCAGGUUUCCAGGGUAAUGGUAGUCAAGACGAUGGACAAGGUCGAAAUGAUCCUGACCACAGUAUGCCAAUGUACAAUAAUGAGAUACAUGUACCAGAGCUGACUGGUUUACAGACAGAUGCAAGAAGCAACAUAAAUACCUCAGCAAGGGAAACAAUUCAGGAAUUAGCAAGGGACGUAACUGCUGACCCGAGCUUGUUAUCAGAGGAAAGAAAUUAUAUGGCUUCUUUUGUUAAGAUGCAAAUACAACACAAAAGAAGGCAGAAAGAUGUCUCUGAUGUCAUGGUAGAACAUGGUUUCAUGUCCUCAGAUCCACUAAGACCUUUUGGAUGUAAAUACUGUGCCAAAUGUUUUACGUUUAAAGGCGAUUUAAAACGACAUGUUCGAAUUCACACUGGGGAGCGGCCGUUUGUAUGUCGCUAUUGCCGUAAAGGAUUCACCCAGAGUACUCAUUUAAGGGUGCACGUGGCUGGACAUUUAGAAUUGAACGAAACAUGUACUGGAGAAUGAUAAGAAGUUAAUCAAUGAUGAGGAUAUAUUAUGACGUGUUAUUGAUAUGAACAGAAAUAUUUUAUCAAAGUUCCAGUGACAUUUUACUCAUUAGUGUUAAAAUAAUGCUAAAUUGAGACUUUAAGUUGUUUCUUGUAUUUUUCAAUAACUUAUUAAAUUUAUUAAAUUAAAAGCCUUUCACAGUGUGAAACUUGUAUGAUAGACCAAAACAAAAAAUGCUUUAAAAAUCAUUUUUUUAGAAUUUGAGUUGCAAUUUUAAAAAGCAUAAUACAUAUAUCUGUUGCAACAUGUCUAGCUGUAAUUAGGAGUUGAGCAAAUUUUACGAAAAAUAUUUUUUUUCAGAUUCCCAAUCAUUAAGCAUUUGCAUUUUUCUUGAAAUGCCUUUAAACAAAAUGAAUGUUUUGUUGUCAAAAAAGUCAGUAUUACCUAACCAACAACCUCUUUUGUUGGUUAUUGGAGCUAUGUUUAGAAAGACAUUUGCAUUUUUGUGACCAGGAAAUUAAUUAUUGUGAAUAUCCUUAUUUGUAAAUAUAUCACCAAGAACAACCAAGACAUUGUUGAUAAGGUAGUCUGGGGCUUUUUGACACAAAACAACAUAGUUCUAUUGUCGACAGACUUUUUUGAAAUAUUGCAAAUACUUUUUGAUCCAAAAUCGGAUAUCUUCCUUGGUAAUAUUUGGCCAACUCAUUACUACCUUAAAACAUGUUGCAAAGGAUGUUUGUUUUACUCAUGAAAAAUCUUGCUCAAAACUAAAUAAAACAUGACUUGUUGAACAUGACUUGUUGAAACGUUUUAUUUUAUUUUUUUGCCUUCCCCACCCGCUUUUGCACUGUGGAAGGCCCUUAAAGCACGAUAUAGUAAAAGUAAGAUAUAGUUUUAAAGAAAGGCCAGAUUAUAAUUGAAAAUAUAAUGAAGUCCUACAUUGAUCCAAGAUUUAAUGUUAGCAGGGAACCUAACUUUAGUUCAAUAUAAUAUGAUUAGAAAUUUUGUUUUUGUUAUAAUGGAAAGCAGCAUUGGACAAAUGUGCUUAAAGUUUUGUUUAUAAUUUCUGUCAAAACAUGAUGCAUUUUGAUGUUAUAUGUAAGGCUUGAAUUGAGAAAUAAUUUGUUUGGUCUUGUCUGACCUAAUUUUAAAUGUUUGGAAGGAAGCUAAAAUAGUUCUAUUCAACUUUCUUACCUCUUAACCCAGGAGAAGCUGAAUAUGCUGCAUCCUACUAUUUUAUACAACAAUUUUGUAUUAAAUAGAAAGAAACUACUUUUAGUUUUGAACAUUUUCCUUGUAUUUUUGUGUCGCCUGGGAUGCAUGGCAGACUAAUUUUUACGCGUUGUCGUCAAGCUUAAUUUUGAAUUUAUAACUUUUUAACAAGAGUGUAGGGUGUAUUGAAUAUGGAGGUCAGUAUAUUUAAAGGUGAAGGUCAUUGUUACUUUCAGUUUUUAAAUUUUUCAUUGUAUUUUUGUGUCGCCUGGGAAGCAUGGCGGACUAAUUUUUCCGCGUUGUCGUCAAACUUCAUUUAGAUUAAUACGUUUUAAAGAGAGUGUAGAUUGUAUUGAAUAUGGGGGGGGGGGGGGUCAGUAUAUUUAAAGGUGAAGGUCAUCGUUACCUUUACUACAAAAAUAACAGGCGCUUUUGUCUCUGAUCAAUAACUUUUAAACGUCUAUGUUUUGAGUCUUCUAAUUUGGUUUGAUCAUUGGCAUAGUCAGUAGAUGAUCCCUAUUCAUUUUAGGGUCAUAAGGUCGAAGGUCAUGGUGUCUUUUACCAGAAAAAAACGGGCGCUCCAGACAGGCUACACAUUCGAUUCGUGGAAUUCUAAUUUUAGAUUAACAAACCCAUGUAAGGGGUGCUUAUAAAUGAGCUCUUAUGAUCACCUUUUUCUGAUGUACACUUUCAUUCUUGCAUAAUCUACUUGUGUUUAAAUAAAUUCUAAAAUUUAAAUGAUUGUGGAUUAUUAUGAGUGGAUUGAUUUUCGAUAAUAUACGUAAGAUAAAUGUUAUAAAUGUAAAAAUGAUAGUUACAAUUUUAUUUCUUUUCUUUUUGGGUACGUGGAUGACACUAUCCAUUUUCCAGUAUUGAAGAUUCGUGUUGAAAUUCUUGAAAAUAUAGUUAUUUUUGACAAAAACAUAUCAAGAUAUUUUAUCAACCACCUGUGAUGAUAUAUGAAAUGUGUAACAUUGCGCUGGUAUUGAUCUAUAAGUUAGUUUAUUCUUGAAUAAAAAUACAACACAGACACGUGUAUAAUACCGGCAUGAAUAAAGAGGCAUUAAACAGUUAACAUAGCACAUACGAGUAUAACUACGUCAUUCAUUGCU